UGGCUUUCNUUCCUUGGGCAUAUCGUUUCCGAUGAAGGUAUUAAGGUAGAUGGUCAGAAAAUUGAAGCAAUACAAAAUUGGCCUAGACCCACAAAUCCUACGGAAGUUCGUAGUUUCUUGGGAUUAGCUGGUUAUUAUCGGAGAUUUGUUGAGAACUUCUCUUCUAUUGCUGCUCCCAUGACAAAAUUGACACACAAAGCCAUUAAGUUCCAAUGGUCUGAUGCAUGUGAAAAGAGCUUUCAUGAGUUGAAGAAACGCUUAACAUCGGCACCUGUUCUAGCACUUCCUGAGGGAUCUGAAGGUUAUAUUAUGAUGCAUCCAGGGUGGGAUUGGGAUGUGUUCUAA